AUGAUCCGGUAUCGACGAGAGAACGAGCAGAGUUUUCAUGAUGGAACAUAUCUUUUUGGGGAAGAUGGAGCUGGCGAAAAACCGAAAUCUUUAUUCGACAAAACCGGCGUUAUGAUCGUCCUUGGAAUGAUAGUGGCUUUGGUGAUUUAUCUUAUGGUUCGACAAGUUUGCUUUACGAAGAAAUUCAAGUACGAAAGCUUCUCGCGCGAUACAGUAUCGAGUGCAGAAAAUGCUCAGUCUGGAAGUGAAAAAUCAGGUUUACUUUCUGGAAAAUGA